GCAACGUUUGGAUAUAACUCCCAAUUUUGGACAAACAACGAAACAUUAAAUGUUGAAGCAGGUCUGGAUGGUCUGACAGAAAUUGAAACAAAGUUGAGUUCGUACAACAGCACACCGUUCGCUAAGAUCUGCCUGGGAAUGAAAGUAGAUGACGUCACUAACUGGAUAAUGCUGAACUACACUGCACGUUCGCUGUACAGUGUGAUAGCAGACGAAGUUUACCAUCCCACAAAUCUAGGACGAUCCCGGUGGAUGUCACUUAUAGUGAACUCAAGGUUACAAGAUAAUUGUAACACGGAAGGCUUUAACGCGCAGUUAAAAAUGAGUACGAGUGUGCGAAUCGGUUAUGUCGCCAACAACGAGAAAAACUGUCGGUCACCUGAUUCGUUGAUUGGUUUUGGCAUUCAUAUUGAUAAUACUGUAAAUCAACUCAGUUGGUCAA